GAGAGGAAGCAUCAGCAGCGCAUGCACUAGCAGCUUAGCUACUGCGCGCGUACCAGAGAGAGAUCAUCAGCUCAAGUAGCUAAGCUAGCUAUAAUCUGCUAGCUAGCUCGAUCAGACACUUAAUUACCUGCUAGGUGGUGGUCGAUCGAAGAAGAAGAAGAUGAGUGAGCUUGCGUCGGCGCCCAAGGUGGCGCUUGGAUCGAUCGCGUUCGCGGUGUUCUGGAUGAUGGCGGUGUUCCCGUCGGUGCCGUUCCUGCCGAUCGGGCGGACGGCGGGGUCGCUGCUGAGCGCGGUGCUGAUGGUGAUAUUCCACGUGAUCAGCCCCGACGACGCGUACGCCUCCAUCGACCUCCCAAUCCUGGGCCUCCUCUUCGCCACCAUGGUGGUGGGCAGCUACCUCCGGAACGCCGGGAUGUUCAAGCACCUGGGGCGUCUGCUGGCGUGGAAGAGCCAGGGCGGGCGCGACCUCAUGUGCCGCGUCUGCGUCGUCACCGCCCUCGCCAGCGCCCUCUUCACCAACGACACCUGCUGCGUCGUCCUCACCGAGUUCGUCCUCGAGCUCGCCGCCGAGCGCAACCUCCCCGCCAAGCCCUUCCUCCUCGCCCUCGCCUCCAGCGCCAACAUCGGCUCCGCCGCCACCCCCAUCGGCAACCCCCAGAACCUGGUCAUCGCCUUCAAUAGCAAGAUCACCUUCCCCAAGUUCCUCAUGGGAAUCCUCCCGGCCAUGCUCGUCGGGAUGGCCGUCAACAUGGUCAUGCUGCUCUGCAUGUACUGGAGGGAGCUGGGCGGAGGGGCCGAGCUCAGCGUCGACGGCAAGCAGAUGGAGGCGGUGGAGGAAGGCAGGUCGCCGGCGUCGGCCAAGAGCACGCCGCAGCUGAACGGCAACGGCAACACGAUGAUGUCGCUGGAGAUGUCGGAGAACAUAACGACCAAGCACCCAUGGUUCAUGCAGUGCACGGAGGCGCGGCGGAAGCUGUUCCUCAAGAGCUUCGCGUACGUGGUGACGGUGGGGAUGGUGGUGGCCUACAUGGUGGGGCUCAACAUGUCGUGGACGGCCAUCACCACGGCGCUGGCGCUGGUGGUGGUCGACUUCCGCGACGCCGAGCCGUGCCUGGACACCGUGUCCUACUCGCUGCUCGUCUUCUUCUCCGGGAUGUUCAUCACCGUCAGCGGCUUCAACAAGACGGGCCUCCCGGGAGCCAUCUGGGACUUCAUGGCCCCCUACUCCAAGGUCAACAGCGUCGGCGGCAUCUCCGUCCUCUCCGUCAUCAUCCUCCUCCUCUCCAACCUCGCAUCAAACGUACCAACGGUGCUUCUUAUGGGUGAUGAGGUGGCGAAGGCGGCGGCGCUGAUAUCGCCGGCGGCGGUGACGACGUCGUGGCUGCUGCUGGCGUGGGUGAGCACGGUGGCGGGGAACCUGUCGCUGCUGGGGUCGGCGGCGAACCUGAUAGUGUGCGAGCAGGCGAGGAGGGCGCCCAGGAACGCCUACGACCUCACCUUCUGGCAGCACAUCGUCUUCGGCGUCCCAUCCACCCUCAUCGUCACCGCCGUCGGCAUACCCCUCAUCGGCAAGAUCUGAUCUCAUCUCAUCGACCCAUCCAAAUUAAUUAAUUAUGAGAUCGACAAACAUCCAAGCUUGCUAGGCUCGUCGUCGUCGUCGUCGACCACCGUACCAUAUAUAUGCAUGCAUGCCACGCACGUAUAUAUAUGCUCCUCAACCUCAAGUCAAUUAAUUAAGAGAAUGGAUGAAUGAAUCAAUGUUGUGUAUGAUUUCCUUUUUGUUUUUGUUUUACCCACCGUAUAUGUGCUGUGUGGUGUAUGGCCGGCGAGCUUGAAAUUGAAUUGGCCUUGCUUGCAUGCAUGCAUGGUGAUCAGAUCAGCUCAGCUAGCUAGCUAAAUCUUGCUUAAUUUUAUCAAGUGUCAAUCAUGAUGAGAAGAGAGGGAACUAGAUGGAGCUAGCUAGCUAGCAACACAUGCAGUGUGUGCUAAGCAGUGCACUCUGCAUGCUUAAAUUUGCUUGCUUAAUUCAACAUCGUAUUACAUGUAUGUUGAUAUGUGCAUGUUCCUCAAAAUACAUGGAAAAAAAAUGUUUCUACACAUCUCAA